AUGAGUUUAUUAAACUUCAAUCCUGCUGUGAGGAGUGAAAUAACUACGUAUGUAAUCUAUGAUGUAAGGUAGUCCUCGAUCAAAAAAAGUACUGGCUGCUCUUGGCUUGGUUGCUCAAGAUCUCUACUAUCCUUCAAGAGAGGAGAUCUUACAAUCCGGAGUGCAAUUUGAAGAUGUAGACUAUUAUGUCGAGGCCAAAUUGCAGCAUAUGCGUGAAAGAGUUGACAGAUUUUUGGAUCUGAUCCGAUAAGAAUACAAUAAUAAUUCCGAAGAACAUGAACGAAAUGUAACUUAUCGUCUAUCUUUUAGUCUUAAUCUAGUCAAUUGUAAUUGAGUCAAUCUUUUAUGUAAAAGUAGGAACAGAUUCUCAGAACUUUGCAAAACAAAUAGAAGAUUGAAAUUGAAAGAGAAAUGCAAACUGAAAUGAAAAUCGAAGAAAUGAAAAGGAAGAAUCAAUUGAAGGAAAAGAGAAUUGAAGAGUUAAGGAAAAUGUAGGAAGAAGAGUUUCACUAAAGAAUGUAAGAGAAGGAAGCAAAACUCAAGUUGAGAGAACAAAAACUUAAAUAGGCCAAGUUACAAGCAGAUAUUCAUAAUGAAACUAUUAUGCGUAAGUUCCAAGAGGAGGAACUCAAAAUUCAAUAAAAAUAGGCUAAAUAUGCUUUGAUGAAGCAAAUUGAGAAGGAGGAAAGGGAAAGAGAAAUUUAAGAAAAAAUGAACAGGAGAGCCUAAAGAAUGGCAGAGCAAGAACAACUGGUGCAGCAUGAAAAUCUGAUUCGAAAACAAGAAUAUCACAAGAAAUUAUAAAAUAUGGAACAAAUGCUGUUAGAAAAAUAGCAAUACAUCAGAUAAUAAAAUUAAUUAAAAGAAGAACGAGCUAAGGAAAAAUAUUAACAUGCUACUGCUCUAAAACAAUUGGAGACAUACUAAAUGGAGCAAAAAAUUCACUCCAAAGAGAAGGACAUCCAAAUGAGAAAUACCAUGCAAGAAUUCAAUAGACAAUAAUUAUUACAGUAAAAGAGAAAUUAGGAAUAAUAAAAACAGUACAUGAUGGAAUAGAAGAAAUUGAUCAUCAGUCAAGAACAACACAAAAGAAAUCAAGAAUACUUUAGUUAAGAGAAAGAACGAGAGCUGAAGAAAUCCAGGUUGGAAGAAUAGAAGAAGUUGAAGAGAGAUGAGAGCAGUCUCAUUUUAUAAUCUCAUAUGGAGGAAGUGUAAAUGGUAUAUUAAUUCAAUCUACAAUAUUUAUUAGAAAUAAAGGUAUCUAGAUAAAUAAACUGAAUUGGAGAACCAAAGAAUUAUGGCUUUGAAAUAAUAGUAAUUCUUAAAUGCUGAAGAGUUGAGACAAAGAAACAUCUAAAAUAUGAAGAGGAAAUAUGUUUAAGAGCUUUUGAAAUUGGAAGAUGCGGCUUAGAAUUAUUAAAUUCAAAAAAGAAAAGAAUAAUAUAAAAAUGCAGUUCUAUUAGAUGUAUCAUUCCAUUUCCAUUUUAGAGAUUCGAAGAAACAGACAGAAGAUUAAAACAAUAGUAAAGUGAAUAUUAAAAAUUACAGGACACUAAAAAAUAAAUGGAAAUUACUAUCUAAAAUGAAAAAAUGAGGAUUCUAGCAGUAUUAAAUACUAAAUUUAUUUAGAGGAAUUUGAUAAAAAAAAAUUAUAAUUAGCUGAAGAACGAAGUACUCAACAACUCAGUUAAAUUAUUAAAGCUAACCCAACUGAUAGAUUGCCAACCAAUAAACCCAUUAAAACUAAAAGUGCCACCAGUUUUCAUUUACCUCCUACAAAAGAAUAAAAGGAACCAAAAUUACCUUCUGAAAAUAGAUCUACUAAUAAUAAAAGCAAAAGGACUUUAGAUGAAAAAUCUAUGUCCACUACAUCAUAAAAGAAAAGACACUAUUUCAUUUCAGAAGAAACCAUGAAAGCUGUCCAAUUAUACGCAAAUGGAGAGACCUUAAAAUAAUUUUAGAUAGAAAUACGUCCAAGUAAAAAGAAGAGAUGAG